AUGGCUGAGCAAUCGGAGGCCCAUGCCAGGGGCAUGAAGCAAGAAAAUGACAGGACAGACAAUGAGAUAGACAGUCGAGGGACGGAGGAUGAGCAGUCCUUGCAAGCAAUCAAGGGAAUUCUGCUUACGGAGCUCAUGGACGUUGAGAAGAGCCCUAUGUUUAUCAUAGAUCUUGCGCAGUCCGCCGCGUCCCGUAACCAGAACCUGAAUCCUAUCCACAUCAACACUGCCCUCAAGACGGCUGGUAAUCUGCUAGACGUAGUUUCCGGGCGUCGUGAACCAGAUCCGUUAGGUCAGUCUGAUAAGACGACCUACCCAGUGUUCAGAGACUGGGCCUCCAAUCCUGCAACGCACGAGUACCGGCUAGUCUUCAACCAUUACAGCUGGACAGCUUUGACAUUGAGAGAGCGCUUUAAGCUUGUCAGCGGGACCUUUCAGCGGCAACAGGCGACAACGAGCACAUUGCUCUCUACUUCAUCUGAUGCAGAACUUCCAUCAUUCAUGCGCGGACUCAAACCGCCCGGAUCUGAUUUGGAUUCCGGUAUGCUCUCAAGCACAGAAACACGCAUGAUGUCGGGAGGCCACAAGUUCGCUGCGACUAAGUCUGGAGAUACGUCUGAAGACCAGCCUGGGUUGUCGGCUUGGAAAUACGACUGGACUUCAAGCCCUCCUCCGCCAGGCCUGUCUCCUCAUGUAGAACUUGUCAGAAGCGUGGACUGGGCCUCAACCUCCUUGGGCCCCAUGGAAUCAUGGUCCCCACAACUCCGCUUUAUGUGCAACUUCCUGAUGGCCAAUCCAGCGCCAUCUGUCAUGUUCUGGGGGCCGGAUCUCAACAUGAUAUACAACGCUGCCUAUCCGUCGGUAAUCGCGAACAAACAUCCAACAUUGUUGGGCAUGACGCCACAGGAAGGGUUUCGAGAGGCGUGGGAAGGGUUUGAGCCUUUCUUCAAGCGCUGCCAGGAAACUGGGCAAGGCGUUUUCCUUGAGCAUCUGCUUACAUUUCUGGAUCGCGGUUUCGGACCACAAGAAGAGACGUACUACUCGUUCGGCUUCAUGCCCAUCUUCGGUGAAGACGACACGAUCGCUGGCUGGUUCCAAAACUGCUUUGAGACCACAAAGCACAGAAUCACAGAAAGACGGAUGUCGACACUGCUUAGCAUUUCAGAGACGACAGCAGCAGCUUCAGACCUUGAGUCUUUUUGGAAGUUGCUUCUUCGAGCUAUUGAGAAGAACGAGCACGACAUGCCAUGGGUUGUCAUCUAUGCAGGUGUUGACCAAAAUGAGGUGUCAACGGGGUCAGAUGCUCACACGGUUGGCUCGUCAACUACGAAGCGGUUCGAAGUUCUCUGCACAAUCGGCGUUGACAUGGGGCACGCGGCGGCACCAACUCGCACCGAUAUUGCGAAGGGAUCAAAGGGGUUUCACCCGUUCUUCGGGCAGGCCGCGGAGGCCCAGGACCCGCUCGUCCUUUUUCUCGAAGAUGGCACCCUGCCGAUGGACUUGGUCGUAGGUCUUGAUACCAGGGGGUGGUGUGAUCCCUGCAAAUGCGCUGCGAUAUUUCCAAUACGUCCGACAACAACCAAUCCGAACUCCACCGAAACUGUCUUGGGCUACCUCGUUAUGGGUAUGAACACACGCCGACCUUACGAUGAGGAGUAUCGUACUUUCCAUCGGCUGUUCAACAGACAGAUAGUCACAUCCAUAGCAUCCGUCCUCCUACUGGAGGAAGAGACGCGACGUGGCCGGACCAUAGCUGAGCAGGCUGCGCUUGACCAGCGCAAGUUUGAAGAGCAAUUAAGUCUUAGGACUCGGGAGCUGGAACGAAGCCGUGAGCAGUUGCAGAACUUUGCAGAUUGCGUACCUGUCGGCAUCUUCGUCCUAGCUUCCAAGCCAGGUAAUAUGGAUGGAACGUAUCAGUACAGAAACGAACGUUGGUUUGAGCUCACUGGAGACUCGCGGGAUAACAACAUAGGAUCAGAGUCUCCUAUUUGGGAUAGAAUGAAUCCAGAAGACGUGCCUGUUGUGCGGCAAGCUUGGAAAGCGGUUCGGACGACAAAAACAUCGAUCAGUUUCGAGUUCAGAGUCGCUCAAAGAUCGCAGUAUGUGGGAGUACAAGAGCACCAGCUCGAUCCGCAAGGGGAUAUUGAUUGCACCUGGAUUCUUUGCUAUGCGUUCUCUGUAUGGGAUGACGACGGAACACCAAGGUCCGUAAUCGGCUCGAUCACAGACAUCACCCCUCAGAAAUAUGCAGAGAUCAUUCAGAAGCGACGAAUGGAGGACGCUAUAGAGGCUCAACGACGUCAAGAGACUUUCAUAGACGUUACUUCUCAUGAGAUGAGAAACCCGCUAAGCGCCAUAAUGAUAUCAGCCGACGACAUCAUGACUUCAUUACACUCUCUGAAGACGAAUGACCCGACAAUGAGCCCGGAAUCCAAAAAACUAGUAGACAGCAGCAUCGAUGCCGCGGGAACUGUAUCGCACUGCGCACAGCAUCAAAAGACGAUAGUUGACGAUAUCCUUACGAUAAGCAAAUUGGACUCGGGCCUCUUCUCGAUCACGCCGGUAGAAGUUCAACCUUUAGCCAUCAUAAAGGAUUUGCUCAAGAUGUUCGAAGGAGAACUUCAGACUGCUAAAAUCACCCAGAAAACACACAUCGAUGAUUCCUUCCAUGAUCUGGCCCUUGACUGGGUUCUCUUAGAUCCCAGUCGACUUCUCCAAAUCCUCAUCAACCUUGUUACUAACAGCAUCAAGUUCACACAGCUUCAAGAACGACGGAUAGUCACCAUUCACAUGGCCGCAUCCCGAGGGAAGCCGGCGGAGUCUGUUUCGGGGAUUGAGUAUCUACCGCUUCGGAAGGAGCGUGAAGACCUUACCAACAGACCUGAAUGGGGGAAGGGCGAAAGCCUCUAUCUCUGUUUCGCUGUAGAAGACACAGGGUGUGGUCUGGCCGCGGAUGAGAAGAAGCUGCUCUUCCUGCGCUUUUCCCAAGCGCCUCGGACACACGUGAACUACGGCGGUUCUGGCCUGGGCUUGUUCAUCUGCCGCGAACUAGCAGAAAUGCAAGGCGGGAGUAUCGGGGUCGCUUCGGAAGCCGGUCAAGGCUCGACCUUUGCCUUCUACAUCAAGGCUCGCCGCUGUGAGCACGUACCAACGGAGACCCAGACAUCCAAACAGGCCUUGAGCGACCCUCAUUCACCGCAUGUUAACAACUUGCGACGCUCCGCCCCGUAUCGUAAUAACGUGCAGGAGCCGUUGUCUGCCCGCCAAGAGCGUGCUGCGCCUGGCGGCUCGCUCCCAUCUGAUAGCUCAGCUCCGCCAGAAUCUACCAAUGCUCCACAUGUUUACGAUAUCCUCAUAACCGAAGACAAUGUAAUCAACCAGCAGGUCCUCAGCAAGCAGCUUCUGAAGCUGGGCCACAGAGUCAGCAUUGCCAAUCAGGGACAGGAGGCAUUGGACUUCCUGCGAAACACAAGGUACUGGAAGGGCAAUGAAAGCGACGGGAAGAAUCUAGAUGUAGUGCUGAUGGACAUCGAAAUGCCGGUCAUGAACGGCUUGGAGUGCGUCUCAAGAAUAAGGAAGCUGGAGCGCGACGGAUCGCUCGUACGGCCAGUUCAAGUCAUUGCAAUUACGGCGAACGCAAGGCUUGAACAGAUUGACAAGGCGCUAGAUGCUGGCAUGGAUGAUGUCAUCUCAAAGCCUUUCCGAAUGCCGGAGCUUAUUGCAUGCAUUGAACGUCUUUUGGAGACUUCGCAAAGCAAUUCCGAUUCUGGAGAGUAA